AUGGCUCCUUCAAAUUUAUCUCAUCGGCAGACACAUAAUCUACUUCUAAUCUCGAAACUUCUGAGCCUCAGAGACACAGCUUCCCCACUCACAUUGUUGUUGGACUCUCUAGAACAACCAGCAACGCCAUUGAUUCACGAGUAUAUUCGACGUGCAAGGCUUUCAAAAGUUCACGUAACGCUCAUAGCUUUCGAGACAUUGAGGUCUUUCGAAGGUGUCGAUGCAUUCAUCUCAGCUCGGAAGAAGCAUCCCUCGGAAAUUUUCAGGGAAGUAGGCGCUGCUUACCAGCCUGUUUCUAACGUUCCCUCGCGCCGUCGAUUAAUUCUCAUUGACUCUAUCAAUCCACUCUUGCACUCUAAAAAGACCGAUGCGCAGUUUCAUUUGCCAACUUUUCUCGGCUCAUUCAUCGCACCUCCCGGGUCAUCUCCUGCCAAAGUUGAGACCUCGCUUAUCGUGACCUUCCACCAGGACGUCCCGAACCCCUCAUGUGCAACACCCUACUCUCCAUCUUCGUUUUCUGUGCUUAGCUAUCUCGCAACGACCGUCAUCAAGCUGCACUCUUUCUCACACAUACUUGCCCAGAAAGCUGCCCGUGAUCGCAGUCUGGCAGCGCCUGUCUUUGGACUCGAAGAAGAGCUGGAUGGAGUUCUGCUCGGCCGGCUGGACAAACCAACAGGAAAGGAUUCUGUGGAAGGUGUCGUGUUAGAAAUGGAGCAUCGGCGUAAGAGUGGACGCGGCGUUCUGGAGUGGUAUGUACUACCACCAGCAGCGCGCUAUCCGUCCAAUUACGCGAAGGAAAUUGUGAUUCUACUGGACGAUCACCCGCUGUAUCGUCCACCGGUGGAGCCAGGCGUUGGAAUGGGGAGCAACGAACCAGAGUCGACUUUUGAGUUACGUCUCACCGAACGGCAAAGAAGGGAGAGAGAAGGAGUCGUGUUGCCUUACUUUGAUGCGCAGCAAGGCGACGGCCCUGGAGAAGGCGGACGCAUUCUAUAUGAUAUGGGCGAAGAGGAUGAUUUUGACGAAGAAGAGGACGAAUUCUAA